CCCACACAGCUGCCCACACAUUACUGUUGCUGUAUUACUCUUCUCUCUGGGCAAGCUAACUGUACUGCUGGGGAUGACUAUUAUAGGGCUGUUCACUUUUAAAAAAAGUUGGGCAGGGAGAGUUGUAGCUUGCAGCUGUGUUAUCGUUUAACCAUUAAACCAUAGUGGCCACCCCCUGUUUGAUUCCAAUUCCAUCGUUGACUUUGUUCUUCUCAUUAAUGUCUGACCACUGGGACUUUGACUGAACCAGCAGCACAGGAGAUUCUGUCUUAGUUGUGUUCUUAUCCAUAGAGGAUGUUGGUGAGGAUCCUGGUUCUGCUCUACCUGGUGGGGGCACCAGCACUAGCACAAACCCUCUGCCAGCCUAAUGCAUCAAAUGGCUACAGAGUGCGAAUCAGCAUCAAAACUGCUUUGGGAAAUCAGGCCUAUGAAUGGAAUGAGAAUGAAAUGUUCCUUUUCCAAGCAACUAUGGCCUUUGCCAUGAGGAGGUACUACAAAACAGAGACUUACAAUGUCGACAACAUUAUCGUGUGUAAUCAGACUCGGAGGGUGUCCUUCUGGUUUGUGGUGAUAUCACCAGAAAACCCCACCAUGCUUAUUCCUAAGGCAGAUGUGGAGAAAGCUGUGAGCAUGUCAAGGCAUCGCAUCAACAACGCCUUCCUCCUGACAGAUAGGACUCUGGAGUUUCUGGGCAUCCACCCCACACUGGCAGAGCCAGUCAACCCUGACACCCCUCCCUGGCUCAUCGUGUUUGGAGUGGUCAUAGGGGCUGUGUUUGCUGGAAUCAUCGCCCUGCUCGUAUCCUCUCUGCUUCAAAAGAGACGGAAAGAGAAAGGGAUGAUGGAGGAUGGACAGGAUGAAGAGGACAGGCAGAUGAAAGGAGUGGAGAAUGGCAUCAACCUGGACGGCAUCUACAACAGAGGAUUCACAGAUGACGAUCGCUUCACAAAGCUGUAAAGGCUUCCCCUGUAAAAUGCUACCAAGCAAAAGCACAGGAUGGGCCAAGAGACACUAAAAACCAUUACAAAUAGACUUAUGCACUGUGUCUACAGUUUAAAACUGCAUUUGCUGUUUAUUUUGGUUGUGUUUAAAACGAUUUUGUGCCCAAUAGAAAUAAAUGAUAAAUAAUGUAUUGUGUCAUUUUGGA